AUGACCUCCUUCUCCAGCAACAGCUUCAUGUCCUCUGCAUCUAUGGGCUCCUUUCGCCACAUGUCCAUGUCUAGUGGAGGUAGACACAUCAGCGCCAUGAGGGGCGGCAGCGUGUACGGGGGUGCAGGUGGGUCCGGGGUGCGCAUCUCCAGUGCCUCCAGCACCUUCUCUGCUGACAGUGAGUCUGGUGGCAGCUCCAACCUAGCCGACGCUGUCUACCUGAACGGAAAUAAGAAGGCCACCAUGCAGAAUCUGAAUGAUCGCCUAGCCUCCUACCUGGACAAGGUCCGCUCCCUAGAGAAGGCCAACGCUGAUCUGGAGGUGAAGAUCCACCAGACCCUGGAGAAAAAAGCCACACCUGAGACUCAUGACUGCACUGCCUUCAAAGUCGUCAUCAGCAAACUCCAAAACCAGAUCUUUGAUGCCACUCAUAUGAAUGGAGGAUUCUACCUGGCUAUUAACAAUGCUAAGUUGGCAGCAGAUGACUUUCAAGUCAAGUAUGAGAAUGAGCUGGCUAUGACGCAAUGUGUGGAGGCUGAUAUUGCUGGGCUGAGGCGGGUGAGGGAUGAGCUGACCAUUGGAGGAUCCAACCUGGAGAUGGCGGUUGAGGAGCUGAAGGAGGAGUUGGUCCACCUCAAGAAGAACCACAAGGAGGAGGUCAAGGCCCUUCGGGCGCAGGUGGUUAAUCAGACGGUCAACGUGGAGGUUGAUGCUGCCCCACAGGAAGACCUCACCAAAGUCAUGGCUGAGAUCCGUGAGCACUACAAUGCUGUUACUGCCAAGAACCAAAAAGAACUGGAGAGCUGGUUCAAUGCAAAGACAGAAGAAAUCCAGAAAACUGUCGCCUGCAGCACAGAGACCGUCCAAUCAUCCCAAUCUAAAAUCACUGAAGUUAAACGCAUAAUGCAAAGUCUAGAAAUCAAAUUCCAAUCUGAACUCAGCAUGAAAGCUUCCCUGGAGGGCACCCUGGCUGACACACAGAACCGCUAUGCCAAUAUGCUAUUGAGUUAUCAGAUGCAGGUGACCAGCUUAGAGGGCCAUCUUGGUCAGAUACGUGGUGACUUGGAGCGCCAGGGACAGGAAUAUCAGAUUCUGCUGGACAUCAAAACCAGGCUGGAGAUGGAGAUCACUGAGUACAGGAGACUGCUGGACGGAGAAAUGACAAGCAGUGUCUCGACAGCCACCAAAACACACAAGGUGGUGACUAUCAUCUUGGAAAGUGUUGACGGCAAGGUGAUCAGUGAGACCAAGACCAAGUGAGACAUCUUAAAACGGGGAAUUCACAGAACAGAACACGAUCCCGCUGAUUCCUACUGUCAACCUUUCUCAGAAGCUGUGAUUCAAUUGGGUUGUGUAAACUUGUAUCUUGGGAUUUAUAUAUGUCCUCUGAUACCUUCAGAGAGAUUUGUCAUUAAAA